AUGAGUUUUCGCGCCAAAUUUGCCCCCCAUGCCAGUAACCAGCUCCGGCGACCUCAAAACCUAAUCAGCCGUCUCUUGCUUCUUCUCGAACGCUGCAAAUCGUCAAGAUCGGUGCAGCAGAUUCACGCCCAGAUGCUCGUUCGCUCCAUAGCGAUGCCCAUGCCCAAUUACAUCCUCUCCAAACUCAUCGACCUCAAGGACUUCAGCUACUCCACUCGUUUCUUCCCCCAAAUCCCCCUCAACAGCUACGCCUUCAACGUGAUGAUCAGAGGGUUAGCCACUGCGUGGCAGAAAUUCGACCUUGCCUUACAAUUACUCAUCGAGAUGAAAUCGCUUGGCGUGAGUCCGGACAAUUUCACGUACCCGUUCAUUUUCAAAUCCUGCGGGAACAUUUCAGCCCUGAGAAUGGGGGAAACUGUCCAUUCCGAGGUUGUGAAAUCUGGGCUGCGAUCGGAUUUCCACGUGGUUCAUUCUUUGAUCACGAUGUACUCGCAUUGCAGAGAGAUGGAUUGUGCUCGGAACUUGUUCCAUGAAAUGACUGAUCGGGACAUGGUUUCAUGGAACUCGAUGAUAUCGGGAUACUCGAGGUUAGGGUUUGCAUGGAAGGCGGUCGAAAUGUUUUGGGAGAUGAGGGAGGACGGAUUUGAACCCGAUGAGAUGACGCUCGUGAGUGUGCUUGCUGCCUGUGGGGAUUUGGGGGACCUCAGCCUGGGAAGAUGGAUUGAGGGGUAUGUUGUUGAGAAAAGGUUCGAGUGUAAUUCAUAUAUUGGUUCUGCGUUGAUUAAUAUGUACGGGAAAUGUGGGGAACUCGAGUCUGCGCGAAGGGUGUUUGAUAGCAUGAAAAGGAAAGAGCUAGUCAUUUGGAAUUCCCUAAUUACUGGAUACUCGCAAAAUGGACAGUCGGAUGAAACUCUGAAAUUAUUCAAUGACAUGAUGGAGACGGGACCUGAACCUAAUGAAGUCACACUGGUUGCGGUUCUUUCUGCUUGUGCGUCAGUUGGAGCUCUUGAUACUGGGAAAUGGAUCGAUGAAUAUGCGUUCAAAAGAGGGUUGCAGCGUAACAUUUAUGUAGCUACUGCUCUAGUUGACAUGUAUUCCAAAUGUGGGAAUUUGGAAUAUGCGUCACGCGUAUUUGAAAGUAUGCCUCUUAGAAGCCAGGUUUCUUGGAAUGCAAUGAUAUUUGGACUUGCUUUUCAUGGGCAUGCACAGAAAUCGAUCGCCUUAUUUCAACGCAUGUUGGAUGAGGAAAAGGUUUUGUGUCCGGAUGAUAUCACUUUUGUCGGGGUUCUUUCUGCAUGUGUUCAUGCAGGUUUGGUGGAUGAAGGUCGUAGAUUGUUUAAUAUGAUGAGCUUAUCUUUCGGGCUAACUCCAAAAAUUGCGCACUACUCUUGCAUGGUUGAUCUUCUAUCCCGUGCCGGACGGAUUUAUGAAGCUUGGGACUUUAUUCAGAAAAUGCCACAGAAACCGGACGAAAUUUUGUUAGGGGCUUUGCUGGGUGCCUGCCAGAAGCUAAAAAACGUGGAUAUUGGUGAAAAGGCCAUGGAACUUCUGUUAGAAAUGGAACCUUCAAAUUCUGGCAACUAUAUUAUCUCAUCAAAAAUAUAUGCUGAUAUGAGGAGGUGGGACGAUUGUGCUAGAAUGAGAUUGUUAAUUAAACAAAAGGGUGUAACUAAGACCCCAGGAUGUAGCUGGAUCGAGAUGGACGGCCGUCUUCAUGAAUUUCAUGCAGGUUGUUUGUUAGUUGAACAUGGAGAUGAGAUUCACGAGAUUCUUGACUUGGAUUUGGUGCCCGAAAAUCUGCGAUUUGCCUUCACCACGCAACUUUCACCUACUUUCUCAUUUGAUUUAUCUAAUCUGCAACUCUCGGUUUUUGGUCUAAAAUCAUGGAGAGACCUAGAAAUUCAUCUUCAUCCGCAGAUCGAACACCCCCAGUCGUCGCUGCCAGAGUUCAAACAUUUAAAGAUACACGACGAGGCGGAGACAGUACAGUCCCGGCGACGACGGUCAGCGCGGUGGUUAGAACCCGAGAGGUGGCGCGUCGGGAGAAGGCGGCUGACUGGCAUAGGGAUCAGUCCUCAGUUCAUCACUUUCACAAAUGUGACCAUAGCAUCUGAUAAGUACAUAUGUGUCCGGGAGACAGCACAUCAAAGCAGCGUGGUGAUUAUUGACAUCAACAUGCCUAUGCAGCCAUUGAGGAGGCCGAGGCCUACCAUCGCAGAUUCCGCGCUUAUGAAUCUGAAUUCUCAAAUUUUUGCGCUUAAAGCUCUAGACUUCAUAGCAACCAGGGAAGAAAACUUAUCCAGCAUGGUAGUUUACGAGGCAACUGAAAGAAAGUUAAAUUACCCAGGUGAUAAUCACCUCAAACGGCGCAAUAACCGUGGAACUGUGCAAGGAAGGUUCUCCAGAAGUUGA